CCGCCCCCGCUCGGGGGGGCCGCGUCGCUGCCCCAACCGACAGUCCCGCAACCGUCGAGUCGGCCAGCCGGGGACGACGAGCUGGGGGCAGAGGGACGGGACCCCCUCGGGAGCGAGCAGCCCCUCGCCCCGCCGCUCCGGCCCGUCGGCGCCUCCCGGAGCACCCUCAGCUCGCUCGCCCGGCAAGCCCCGCUUCGCGCCCGAGGCGCGCCGGCUGCUGGCUCCUCUUCCCGGGCCAGGGCGCGCCUCCAACCCGGGGCCAGGCCGGGCCGGGCCAGGCAGGGCGCCCCUCCCCCGCGGCUCCCGACGGCGCCUCCUCCCGAGAGGCGGAGAGGAGGCCUGGCUGCCUGGCUGCGGCCCCCGCCCUGCCGCGCUCGGCUCCGGCCUGCCUCCCCGCCGCUGCCCCUCCGCCAGUCCAGCCACGGGAAGCGAAGGAGGCCAAUAAAAUAGGACUGGAACAGAACCGAAGUGAGCCCUCUUUGGUGGCCAGGCCCACAGAUGGAAGGAGGGCCACAGGGCGUGGGGGCCUUCCGCUAAGACAGGCACACCAUGGCAGCUCCAGGAUACCACGUUCCUCAACCUGGUUAUCCUGCUGCGUCUCCCCCUUACCCAGUACCUCCGCCGCAUCCGGCGCCCACUGCACCCAGCCCAGGCUUCAGCGUUUACCCAGCCCCUGGGGCAGGGCACGGAAUCCCUCCGCAGCCUCCCCCACGUGGGUAUCGGGAGCAUGCCGCUACACCUCAGCACCACCUACAAGCAGCAGACCCCCACGCCACCAUCACCCCCUACAUGCCUGUGGGCACCGGCAUCCCUCCGGGCUUGGAGUAUCUCACACAGGUGGACCAAGUUUUGAUACACCAGAAAGUAGAGCUUGUAGAAGCGUUCAUCGGCUUUGAGAGCAAUAACAAGUACGAGAUCCUCAACAGCGUGGGCCAGCAGAUCUUCCACGCCGAGGAGCAGAACGACUGCUGCACACGCAACUGCUGUGGCUCUCUCCGCCGCUUCACCAUGAGGGUGGAGGACUCUGCGGGGCGGGAGGUUGUGCGUAUCGUGCGCCCCCUGAAGUGUGUCAGUUGCUGGUUCCCGUGCUGCCUCCAGGAGCUGGAAGUGCAGUGUCCUCCCGGAGUCACAGUUGGGUUCGUGGUACAGACGUGGCACCCCUUCACACCCAAGUUCUCAGUCCAGAACGCCGAGAAGGAGACGGUGUUGCGCAUUUUGGGGCCCUGUUUUGCCUUCAGCUGCGGCGGGGAUGUCAACUUCGAGGUGAAGACUCGGGACGAGUCGCGUGGCGUGGGGCGGAUCAGUAAGCAGUGGAGUGGCCUUCUCAAGGAAGUCUUCACUGACACGGACAACUUUGGGAUCCAGUUCCCCAUGGAUCUGGACGUGAAGAUCAAGGCGGUGCUGCUGGGGGCCUGCUUCCUCAUUGAUUUCAUGUUCUUCGAAAAGACGGGUGAAGUCGGGCAGAGAAGUUCGGUGAUCACGAGCUAGAAGUGUACAUAAUCCAGCUCCCCGCAACCACUCCUGCUGACCUGCAUUCUGAUUCUGAAAAGGGGAGGUUGUGAGCACAGUGACGUUUACGGGUGUGUAAGAGCAGCGGGACAAUCUUCCUGGCCUGUCUGUUUGUGUAGGGAAUUCUGUGUGUGUGCAUGCUUGCAUGUGUGUGUGUGUGUGCACGCCCAGAUGGGUUUUCUGUGUAUGGAUCCAAAGGAAAAGACUCCGCCUGAGGCCUGCUUGAAAACCUGCCGGGUGGCGAUUCAGUUGCGGCUCGUCUUUGGCCAGUGGAUCGUUGCCACGCUUGCAGGAGCCAAGGGAGCGGGCAAGGAGAGGGGCGCCUGCCUGCCAGCCUCGCUCCAGCCAUUUUGAUGCCUGAGGUGGAAAACCCCCAUGGAAACGCCUCGCCCACCCUUGCUAGUGCAGGGCCCUAGUCCGCCAGCCCUGUUGCCGAGAGCAGUUGUGCACCCACACGAAUCCCUGCCACUCCUGUGGGUCUUCUGGAGGAGAACGUGCCAGUGGACUGGGUCCUCCAGAUGAGCUCCGUCUUCUCUUGCCCCGCUGCCCUUCAGGGUACCCGCCAGCUGCCCUCUCCCUGGGGUUGGAGCUGCAGUACCGCUGCUGUGCUUGUCUGGUGCCACUUUCUUCUGUGGUCUGUGGGAUGGAUCUGGCGGGCAGAGCAGGGUUCUCUCGCAGGGCUGCGCACGGAGGUGGUGGCGAAUGCUGGGCAGGAAGACCGGGCUCCCUCAGCACCCCGCUGCGGCCCUCUCCCUGGCAGGUGAGCAGGCGCACCAGUUGGAGUUGGUGAAGGAAGCCGUCCAGCCUUCAGCGAUCUGCACAGGGUGUGGGCUUGUGGCCGCGAGGGUCGCUCAGGACGAUGCUAACGUGCGAGAGGUAGGCUGCUUUGUGAAGAACCAGCCCGCAGGCCAGGGGCUGGUUUGGCAAGGGAGGCCGUGAGAUUCCCACCCACGUAGGGCUUUUCCCUCAAGCAGGGUUUCCAACAGGAUGGAAAGGGAGUCGAGGGUCUCUUGUAGCCCUCAGCAGGGCGUCCUGUUGCCACCUCCCCUGUGGCAGCACCUCUGGGACUCGGCUUAGCGUGUGGCACAGGUCCUGGCGCUGACCCUGUCUCGCCUCCUCUGCCGAUGGCCAGGAGAGAGGGGAGACCCUCCGGUGCAUUGUUGCCCACCCCACUGUUUUGCCUUAAGCAACCAUUCAGGUGACUACGCUGGAGCACUGGCCCUGGUGGCAGUAAGUUGUGCACCGGCCACGGGGGAAGACACGUACCCUUUGGACAUGCGGAGGCCACCCUGAGCCGUGAGUGUUCUUAGCAAAACCUCUCCAGACAGAUACCUGGCCAAGAUCUUGGAGCCAUACCUGAUCGGGGAAGACCAAGCGUGUGGGAGGCUGACAGAGCAUAAGAUCGAAGGGGACAGGAUCUCAUUGACUUGUGGCUGGCUUUGCCCAAGCAGAGAAACGAGGUGGCCAGGAGCAGAGGAGGCAGAACAGACUGCGUCUCUGGAGAGUCAGGUGGCAGAACUCCGCUUUAGAUAUUCCUUUGCAUGCCAGGCCAAAGGAAAGCCAGCCCAGCAGGGAGAGAGGAGAGGUUCUGCUACUGCGCUGUGCUGAUUUUCGGCUUGCUCUCUCUCUCUCUCUCUCUCUCUCUCUCUCUCUCUCACUCACUCACUCACUCACUCACUCACUCUGGGGGGGGGUCCAUCUGAACUGCCCACACCUGAGUGGUGGAGGAUGUGGUUGCCGCCUUUGCGUCCGCUCCACAAAGAUGUAUGCUGGUCCUCUGUGCUGCUUUGCCUUAACCACUGAACCUGAAGGUGGCUUCCUUUUCUGUAUACUGGCGGGGGUCAGCAGAAAGAGCGAGCGAGCGAGUGUGCGUGUGUGUGUGUUUUUGCAGCAGAGCGGGCUGCUGUCCCCUGCCAAGGCGACCAAAUGCUUGCAUAAUAUUAUGUUCUGUAUAUUUUAUAUAUUUAAUUGUUUAUGCCUAAUGUUACGCCGGGUGCUUGGCGGAUGGAGCAAGGGUGUGGGGGGGGAUGUCUUUUAGGAUCUCCCCACCACUGGAGCGAGGGAGAGGCCGGAAUGGAAUUGAAAGAUUUUAGGACUCUGAACGGAAGUCUGCCAUGGCUGGAUGCGAUGGCUGAAGAACGUGAUGCAGGAGGGCAGGCCGAAGCAGAGGCUGGAGACCCCCGGGCACGCUGGAAGCGGCUCUGGCCAGGCUUUGGCCCCUGCAGAGGGACGGGGAUGGAUGGCUUGGAAAGGGAGCCCCCGUGGUCCACUGGAAGAGGCCUUGUUGCUCAGGCACGGUGUGCCGUUCAGGGACCCUGCAGAGGACCAAGGCAAAGGGGUGGAAGCAAGGGGUGCAGCAGGGGGAUGCCCCUCCAGGGACGCUCGGUCUGUUCUCUGUAGCAUACCAAAGAAUAAACAUGCCUGGAGUUGGG